UCUGCAUUAAUACCAUUCUGUUUGCAUCGUGACCUUCAUCUUCAUCAUCACCAUCAUCAUCAGCAGCAGUCAUGUUCUCUCGUUCUCUCCUGCUGGUUCUGCUGGUUCUUGUCUGCCUUCAGUCCUUCACAUCGGCCCAGGGUGUGCAAGGACCAAAUCAAUGCUGUUUCAGUUACCAGCAGAGCCCAAUCCCUGCAAAUAUCAUUACAGCGUAUAAAGUAACACACAUGAGGUGUAAAAACCCUGCAGUCAUCUUUACUCUAAACAACGGCAAAAAGGCGUGUGCAAAUCCUGAAGACGAGUGGGUGAAGAACAACAUGGAACAAAUUAACGAGCGAGUUUAAAAACCUGUCCUAAUCUCAGCUAUGAUGUUUAAAUCCUCUCUCCAGUUAUAACCAAUUAUUUUGAUUAAUAUUAAACAAAAUGCACUGUUUAUGCAUUUAAACAGAAGGAAUGAAGCCUUUCACUGUAUAUCCGAUUUGAAAAAAAAAAACUUUUGCUUUAAUUUGUCUCGCAGUGUUUAUCUGAAUUGAACCACAGGCAGUGGGGAUUAGUUUUAUUUUCAGACAUAUUAAAGGGCAUUUUCUAUCACA